CGGCCGCCAUAUUCGUCGUGUCAGACGGAGUGCAGUGUGCGGCUGUGUCAUGUUUUAUCGUAAACUGCAUACAACUUAUGACAUCGAGACAUCAAUGGUGCUUACUUUAUUUAGCGAAUACAACGAAUAUGCGAUUUGAUCGAAUCUUAAAUGGAUACUCGCGUCGUUUUUGCCGAAACAAACGUGUAACGAACUGUGCAUUCGUGUUUUUAUGAUAACAAUGUUUUAACAGUAAAUCCUCGGUCGUGUAUUGCUUUAGUAAAUUGGUUAAUCCCAUAUGGUAACUGGUGCAACUUGGUAUUGUUAUGCAAUUUAACAUAGCCGUGACCUUCUAUCGUGACCGUGCUUUUUGAGGUUAAAAUGCAGCUUGGAUUUUGAGCGGCUGCGCCGAGCCAUCAGAUUGGCGCGCUCCGAUGACGGACGAAAAUAAGGCGGGGAGAGCACGGCGCGCGACGGCGCCUGCGCCUCUGCCGCGGCAGUCCUCACGGCCGCCGGAGCCACGUCCCCGCAACCAGGUCCCCGAAAACGCAGUAGCUGUCCUCCCCGCCCCACCGCGCCUCAUUCGCCCCUCCGAACACCUUGCCAUAGUCGAACGAGCCAAAGCUCAAAAGUCUGAAUACCUAUCUCCUGAUAGGAGACCACAUACAGCUCCCGAAGUUUAUAGACCAGAUAGUAUAGAGCGUAUUGAGCGCCGGCAGAUACAGCCCGAAACUCUUACUAUCGUAGAGCGACGACCUGUGCAAGAAGGAUAUAUGGAGGGGCUGAUGGAACGUUGUUCGGAUCCUCGAACUUCUCAAAGUUUAGCAGUGAUGGAGAGGCCUGUCGAACGGCGACCUCCGCAUUUGAUGCCUUCAGUGACAGUGGUGCAAGGUCCAAGACCGGCGCUACCGCCGCAAAUACCUGCUCACCUAGCGGUGGCGCCACCGCCAGCGAGAAUGCCUGCUCCAGUUCCACAGCCUGUGAUGCGGUUGCCACAGCCGAGGAGAGAUAUUCAGCCCGCAGCAGUGGCGCAGUCGCAGCCCGUGGAGCUGCCGCCGCUGACGUCAGCACCCGCGCCGCACGCCGCGCUGUGCGCUGCUCCUCGCACCAUCGUCAUCCACCGCCCCGACGCCAGACACGGCUUCGGAUUUAUAUUGAGACAUUUUGUUGUCUAUCCACCUUCUUCGCUGCAGGAGCUAUUCGAGGAUGCCAGGCACCUGGCGGUGGGCGCGGUCAGCGCGCCCAUGGACACGAUCUUCGUGAGAUCAGUACGGCCGGGCGGGCCGGCGGCGGCGGCAGGACUGCGCGUCGGGGACCGCGUGCUCGCCGUGAACGGGGAGCCCGUCGCCGGUGGCCGCGCCACUUACGCCAGGGUUGUGCAACUGGUGCAAAGAGAACCUCAUACACUGAGGCUCACUGUUGUGCCUCGAGACCACGAUCUUUUGCAAAGGUAUUUCAGUGAAGCGGCUUACCACCCCGAUUCAAAUCAGCGGACUGCAGAAAUGCCAGCGCCGAUCACAGAACACGAAUCGCGGCUGUUCGACGCAUACAGGCGCCCUAGGGCUGCACUGCCCGCCCCGCAAGCGCCAGGGAGGCACAGGGAAGAGCCAGAAUAUGCCAGUGUAGCUUCCAUUGCACCUUCGAAAUACGAUGUCCCACGGUUGACAAGUGGUUCGCAUUAUCUGCUGCACGACAGCAGGCGAGAAUCAGAUACGUCUCUACCCUCAUCGGCAGCAGAAAGCAAAGACAGUCUCGGCUCGUUUGACUCCAACUCGACUCUAACCGGGCGCGAGCUCGACGACUCGAUCAUCCUCUCACGAAUACGAAAAAGCCUCGAGCAAAAGGAGGCCUUCCUUCGACGGCCAAGCCAGCCGACAGGUUGGGUCACGCCAGAUGCCCCACCUCCAAUUAAACAAAAGGAAUUCUAUGCCAGACCGCAGAAAUUACAGAAACCUGCAUGGCCGCCACCUGCUACGUCUCCUCCUCUCACAGCUUCGCCACCUCCAUCACUCCAACAACAUGUUCAGGAACGAAAAGAAGACUGCUCAGCCAGUGUUGACAGUGGAACGUAUAGCGGAACUUAUACAGAGCUCAAUGGAACCCACGACAAGAGCAGACUUAGACAGGACAAGAGCCAGUUCGUUUCCACAUUGUCAAAGAUACAAGAAGGGCCCAUUCAGAGCACAAACGUCGGGACUGUCAGCAAUGGUGGUAGUUCAGAGUUUAGAGACGAAUUGUAUCAGACACAGGCACAAAUACAUGAUACCAGAUAUCCAGUCCCAGAGUUACAACUGGUAACGGCUCGAACAAGACAGCUAGAAGAAGCGCGAGGAGGCGGCGAGCGGCGAACAGAAGUGGCGAGAAGCGAACUCGCUAGACUGUCAACAACGAGGCUCGAACCGAGCGUCGCGUUAAGGCGGAAGGAAUUCGAAUCCAAAGCAGCUAGGAGAGAGGCGAAAUCGCUUGAUGUGCAACCUCACCAAGACAUGGAGCAUGAAGCGGCGGCGCUGGCACAAGCGGCGAGCCUGUCUGGCAACCAGCUCAUGAUCACCGGCAGCAAACACCUCCAUUGCCCUCCUCCUGAUGGAUUCAUCCCUGAAUCAGAUAAAGUUCAAAUGAGAACAAGGUCAAAUAGUACCGGAAGCGAAGGAUUGCCCAUUAGAAGACAUCAUGCCUCGGAUGGCAGUCACGCGAAGCGACGAAUGGGGCUGAACAGGGAGCAAAUGGAGGCGAUGAAUCGGGUGUCGCUGCCCGGCGCGCCGGCCGGGCCCGAUGCGCCGGCGCGGCCGACGCAGCUGAGCCUAGCGCCGCCCUCGGCGUCCACGUCCACGGCGACCUCGCCUUCGCCUACGCCGAGCACUCCCGCCGAUUCAGGUUUUGCUGAUGAUCUGGUGACUAGAAGACAGAAGAAGGAUGCUCAACUUGGUGAGGAAGAACGAGCCAUGCGAAGGGUAUCGUACUUGAAGGCUACGUGGGGCGACAGAUUGCACUUAGAGAGUGACGUGGAACCGGAGAUUGAUCACCACGCUUUGAGAAGUGCCCACCGCAAGUGGCGCCCUCCUCGGUUCACCGACGACAUAACGCCGCUGCUCCGCAUAUUCGACCCGUCCGCGAACCUCCCCGCCCGCGCCCGCCAAGACGAAAAAAGCGAAGAAGGUGCUUCAGAAAGCGCUGUGGAAGCUGUCGAAGGCGAUGUGCAGGGCAAUGUGCAGAUCAAGAUGGUGGUUAGUAACGGAAAGCGAGCAAGCGACCGAUCGUGGAAACAAGUCUGGGCGGUGCUACAUAGAACCAAGCUGUAUCUGUAUCGGCAUCAUCCAAGUCAGAGCCCCGGCGCAGUAAGCGGCUCAGGAUCGGAAGCGGCGAGCGGCUCUCGUGACGCCCUGGACGUGCGUUACUCACUCGCGGCACUGGCCGACGACUACACCAAACGCAAGCACGUGGUACGCGUCACCACGGCCGCCGGUGCUGAACUGCUGCUACAGGCGGAAGGUGCCGCAGACGCACAGCGAUGGCUGGCAGCUUUGCGCAGGCACUCUGCAGAGCCACCGCCAGCGGAACCCACGCCUGCGCAGACGGCUCCUGUGCCCACUCCCACCGUCGCCGUCGUCGAGUGUCCUUCGCCGCUACCUCCGCAAAGAAGCAAGAAAAUCGGACGCAAUCGAUCGCCUACUGGUCCACCCACGCCCACACUCCCGUCGUCUCCAAAGAACAAGACGUGGAAGGGUCGUAUGGCGAAGCAGUUGCGUCGUAUGCACGGCGGCACCAGCGCCUCGGCUCAAAGUACCGCCACCACGGGCUGGCUGGGCGCGCCGCUCGAACGCUGCCCCUCAGACCCCACGCACCCGCUUGUCCCCAGAGCGGUUACCCUUCCUGCACAGGCUGUUGAGGUAUAUGGCCUCCGAACUGUAGGCGUAUACCGCGUGCCAGGCAAUGCCGCGGGCGUGGCAGCCCUAGCGGCUGCGUUGGACAGGGGCGAGCCUCCACCGGAGGGCGACACACGCUGGGCGGACGUACAUGUCGCUUCGAGCCUCCUCAAGGCUUAUCUGCGACGACUGCCUGAUCCCCUGCUCACUGCUGAGCUUUAUCCUGCUUUUAUCGCGGCUGACCGGUCACCGGAAAGGGCGCGCGAACUAAAGCGUCUCGUACACGCGUUACCAGAAGCGCACUACGAAACACUCAAGUACCUGAUCCAGCACCUACGGCGAGUGGUCGCGCACUCCGCGUUUAACAAAAUGGAGGCGCGAAAUCUCGCCAUCGUGUUCGGGCCUACGCUAGUCCGCGCGGCUUCCGACGACAUGCUCGCAAUGGUCAACGAUAUGUCGAGCCAGUGUCGUAUUAUUGAAUCUUUCCUCACUCAUUACGACUGGUACUUCGAGGAGGAAGAAGGGGAGCCCCCGGUGGAACCGUCAUCGGCCGCCGAGGAGUUGUCUCCUGCGCCGGCGCCAUCGCGCGACCUGCUCAUCCACAACGUCAAGAAAAUUGAAGGCAAAGAUGUGUCAACCCGUGACAUAGUCUCGUCGAUAAUAUCGGCGGCAAACCGAAAGAUUCAGCGCAAACCGCGUUCUAAACCCGACAAGAAGUGGUCAGAGCCGGACAAGCGGCUGGAAGUGUCGCCAGGAGGGUCGCCGCCCGCCUCGCCGCUUACGUCACCCCCUGCGCACCUUACUACGUCUCUUGCUGACUAUGAUGGCCUGCCGCAUCGUUUUAAUCAGCAACAUAGCAAAAUCGAAAUCGAGACAAUGGCAGCACUGGGCCACGGCCGGCAGGAUAUCACGCGACACACGCACGCACUCAAUAACUUCUCUAUCGAUGGCACCGGCGACCUGGUGUCCUCCCUGACGAGCACCUUCGACCAGAAGCUGCGCACGCUGAACAACUCGUCGCCGCUCGACGACGGCAGCAUCCCGUACGCGGACGAGUGCCAGGACGAGCUGGACGAGGGCAAGUCCAGCGCCAGCUCGCCGUCCGACGCCAGCGAGCACUCGGCGCGCGUGUCGCCCGCGCUGCGCGCGCGGCAGCUCAAGGCCGCGUGGCUGGCGCGGGACCCGCGACACUCGUCCUCGUCGUCGGCCGACGAGCCCGACGCGCCGCGCGCCUGGCCGCAGCCGCCCGCCCCCGCCCCCGCCCCCGCCGCCCGCCGGCCGCCGCGCGACGACGCCGACGACUCCGAGAAGGAGAACUGCAUCAUUCCAAAAAAGACUAGUCACGACGCGGCCGCCAACGACGACGAGAAGGACGUCGACACGCGGUCGCAGAACUCGAGCGGCGACGCGAUGCCCGACAACGACCGCACGGUCGAGCGCGCGCCGUACGCCGGCUACAACGGGCUGCGGCCGAACCCCGAGUGCGCCAAGCGCAACGGCGCCUCGGCCGAGGAGCCCGACGGCGCCAAGCUCAAGCGCGCCGAGUCGCCGAGCCGCGACGGCGAGCGCGUGCUGCGCUCGGAGUCGCUCAACGUGCGCCACGAGCGGCUCGAGCGCCACGAGCGCCACGAGCGGCUGCAGCGCUCCGAGUCGCUCAGCAAGGGCGAGCGCCUCAGCAAGCUGGAGAAGGGCGAGUGGAACGUGGUGCGGCGCCGCGAGGCCGGCGCCUGGCGCUCCACCAAGCUCAAGCGCAAGAACGGCAUGCCCGAGCGCGGCAUCAAGCGCCGCCACACCGUGGGCGGCACCAAGGACUUCGACAAGGACGGCUGGUCGGCGCGCCACACGCGCACGUCGUCGCCCGACCUCACGGCCAACGCCGUGUGGCCCUCGCCGCUGGUGCCCCCGCCGCGGCCCCCGCUCGAGUCGCACGUCUGACCCGCGGACGAGCACGCGCACUCGCUCUGAGCCUCGAGGACCCGGACUGGACAAUGAGACCCGCUGGCGAGCCGCGUCUCGGUCGCCGCCUUCCCGGUGCUGCUGUUCCGUAUGUUUUCUUUUCUUACCUUCCGCUACUCGUGAAGGAAGCGGUGGCGGUAGACGUUCACAGAAUCGAAUAUGGUACCUAAAGUUGAACUCUUCAUUGUAAGUCUGAUUAUAACCCUCGACCGCUGUACUAUGUUUGUAAGCUUUUAUUUCGAGAGAGGCUAUUAUUUGAUUCGAUUCAAUUGACUGAAUAGAUUAGGUCACAAAAUAUCUAAUUAUUUUAUAAUAUUUCAACACAAAUAAUACUCAAAGUAUUUUAUGUCAUCAUUAUAGUAAUAAUAAUAUCGUUUUUUUUAAACUACCAUUUCUGUUUUCAAAAAAUGUAUAAGUAAUAAAUCAUCGAGCAGUUCUAUGUAGAUUGAGCAGUGCAAUACUUUAAAAGUUGGAGCAGGAGAAUUAUGUUAAAAAACAAUGAAUGAUUAGUGAAAGCCUUAGCUCACUAAACAAUGCCAAAGAAUGAAGAAAAACUGACAAAUUAAGAAUACAUGCAAGUGGAGCGUACGAGAGUGACGGAACGAAUAGAUGACUUGGAUGCAAGGAUUAUGAUUAUCAACGAAACAAACUGACCAUAUCAAGGCAAUGAAUGCACUUUACAAAUAGCUAAUGUAUACAUAAAGUACCGUCGUCUUUAGGACAUCCCACACAUAACAUAUAUGUCCGUAGUGAAACUCCCUUUGUAGGUUUGAAACUACUAUUUACGGAGUUGCAGUGGGAUUAUAAUCGAUGUCUAGAGUGCAAAUAAAGCAUAAUAAUAUAAUUAGUGCUACUAGUGUAUUAGUACAGACAACUAAAUGUUAUUUAAAUAAAUUGACGCCUGUGGUUUUACUUGUUUAGAUGUAAGUGAUACAAUUAUUGGCCCCAUGGGGUGACCACGCUGCUAUAACACCACGUAAUUUUAAGAUAUCUUAUAAGAUUUUUUCUCUUAGGUAUUUCAGAUACACCAAUGCAAAUGGCAUUCUUAAUAAAAGUGUAAAUUGAUGCAUCACCCACUUGCCUUUACAAUAGUUUUAGAUAAUUUGAAUUGUAUGCACAAUUAUUAUUGAUGAAUUAUAAAUAGGGACUAUUGUGAAUCAGUUACCUUAAAGUUUUCAGAAACAC